GGAUCCGGCCCCGGCGGCGGCGGCGGGAGGGCGCCGUGCGCCGCGCUCGGCCAUGGGGCGCCCGGUGCCCCGCGCCCUGCUGCUCGCCGCCGCCGCCGCGCUCCUCGCCGCCGCCGGGGCCGUCACCCGCCUCCGGGUCUCCGCCAACUUCGAGUGCCGGGCCAGCGCCGACAGCACGCUGAGCAGGCCCCACUGCCGCCGGGCCGCCCGCGCCGGGCCGCCGCUGGAGCCGCCCGCGCUGGUGCUGAGUACGGCGCUCCUGUGCCGGCGCCCGCAGCCGUGCCAGCCGUGCCUGCGGGUGCGCCUGGCCCUCCCCGCCGCAGGGCUCGGCGGCGUCCGCGGGCUGCAGCUCGACUUCCUGGAGCUGGACUCCAACAGGGCCGGCUGGCUGCAGGUGUGGAGGCGGCGCGGGGCGCGGGGCGGCGUGCCGUGGCGGGUGCGGUUCGACUGCUUCCCCGCGCAGAGCGGCCGGCGGGUCCUCGUCUCCCUGCGCACCAUCCCCGACCGCGGCUUGGCCCUCAGCCGGAGCCACCUGGUUGCCACCGAGCCGCCGGGCCCCGUGUUCACCCACGCCUGGGUGCCUGAAGCGCGGGCCAUCGAGGUGUCCGUGCCCCGCGGCCCUGCCCUGAUGGUGCGGCUGUGCCACCAGCUGGCCCUGGAGUGCGAGGAGCUGCCCAGGCCCUUCCACCAGCAGGUGCUGGUGCCGGGGGGCCGAUGCGUCCUGCUGCCAUACGAGUUCCUGGUGCCCUGCCUGUGCAUUGAGGCCUCCUACCCGCACCGCGACAGCCUGCGCAGCAAGAGGUGCCCUUUCCAGGAGCAGCCAGCGGCCUACGGCCCCGAGCUGUGGUCCUCGGUGCGCUUCCACGACUACAGCGCCAGCAGCAAGGACCAGAUGGCGAUGGGGCUGAGCGGCCGCUGCCCGCUGCGCCCUCACGCCGCGCUGUGCUGGAGGGAGGCGGCGGCCGGCGCUGCGCCCUGCCACGACAUCCCCAACUCCACGGCCAGCGAGGAGGAGCAGGCCUACGUGCUGGACAAGGUGGACGUGCACCCGCAGCUCUGCUUCAGGUUCUCCUACGGGAACAGCAGCCACGUGGAGUGCCCCCACCGGCCAGAGACCGCCUGGGAGGUGUCACUGAGCGCCCAGGGCCUGCGCCUGCGCCUGCGCCUCGCCUCCAGCGUGCCGGCCGCCUUCAGCGCGGCCCUGUGCCAGCCCCAUGGCGGGCAGUGCCAGCCCCAGGGCCCCGUCUACACCGUCACGCGGGCGGAGGGCUCCACUGCCGGGGAGCUGGCGCUGCUGCUGCCGCCGGCGCCCGUCCUGGGUGGCUGCGUGCUGGUGUGGCGUUCGGACGUGCGCUUCGCCCGCAAGCGGCUCCUCUGCCCCGACGUCUCUCGCAGGCGCUUUGGGCUGCCGGCGCUGGCGCUGGCGCUGGUGCUGGCCGUCGCCGUGCUGCUCCGGAGCCGCUGCAGCGCCGGGAGGCCGGCCGCGGGUGAGGGCCGCGGGGCGCGGGGCGGGCGCGGGGGGCGGCCCCCCGGCAGGCCGUCAGCGGCACCCCCCUCGCCCGCAGGCGCCGGGGGCCGCCGGCCCGUGCUGCUGGUGUACUCGCCCGACUCGGAGGCGCACGCGGGGCUGGCGCGCGCCUUGGCGGAGCUGCUGCGCGCCGCGCUGGGCUGCGACGUGCGCCUCGACCUGUGGGAGUCGGGCGGCGUGGGGCGCCUGGGGGGGCUGCCCUGGCUCUACGCCCAGCGGGCCCGCGUGGGCCGCGAGCGGGGCACCGUGCUGCUGCUCUGGAGCCGGGGCAGCGCCCGGCUGUGGCGGGGCGCCGGGGCGCCGGGGGCCGCCCACGACGUCUUCGGCGCCGCCAUGGCCUGCCUGCGGGGCGAGCUGGGGGCGGCGGGGGGCGCGGGGCGGCCCGGCGGCUGGGUGCUGGCCUACUUCAGCCGCCUCUGCGGCCCCCGCGACGUGCCCCGGCCCCUGCGGCCCCUGCCCACCUACCGCCUGCCCCGCGAGCUGCCCCGGCUCCUGGGCGCCCUGCGCGGCCCCCGCCGGGCCCCCCGCUGCCUCCGCGCCCGCGGCCUCCUGCGCCGGCUGCUGGAGGCGGGGGGCGGCAAGGGGGCUGGCGAGGAGCCCCCCCCCGGGCGCCCGGGGUUUGGCCCCGCCGCCGGCACAUGAGCGCCGGCGCCGGGGCUGAGCUGGGCAGAGCUUGGGCACCGGCGGGGCCGGGCCCCAGCGUUGUGGGCAGAGCCGAGGCCGCAGCCGCCCUGACGCCCCGGUGAGGGGCUGGUGCCACCCGCCGAGGAGGGCGGUCGGGCCGGGUCGGGGCGCAGAAGAGCUUUGCCCACAGUGAAGACUGCACAUGCUGCGGGGACCCCGGAGGUGCCAGCGCGGCGAUGGCGGAGGAGCAGGACCGAAAUCAGCGGGCCGGGCCCUAUGGAGCAGCGACGGUGGAGCGGGGAGCGCGGCGCAGGGCACUGCCGGCCGGGCGGAGAGGCGCCGGCCAGGAGGGAGGCACUGCCCCGGGGCAGGGCAGAGACAGCUGCGUGUCCCUCCUGGCGCCGGCGUGGGAGGAGAGCCGGCGUGGGAGGAGAGCCGGGGGCCCCCGGGGGCCCCUGGGGCCGGGCGAGGGGCCCGGGAGGCACCAAAGGGAUGACGUGGCGGGGCUCUGGCUCCGUUUUGCAGCUGAAGCUUUGUAAACUGGAGCAGAAUAAAGACAGCGGUUGCCCCUC